AUGCUACUCCCUAGAUCGAUGGCACUCCAUCGAGUAACGAGGAGUCGUUUGCUUGCCGCACAAUCCACGACUAUUAGCAAGACCCAGCUAAAUCUUCGAUCCUUCAAUACCUUUAAUGGGCCAAACAGUAUCCACUCGUCCAAAAUAUAUAGAGCAACUAAUAAGGCGACUACUAAAAGUGGUGAAGUCGUUGAAUUACAAUAUUCUUGGUUAAGAGAUAGUGCGAUUGGUAGAGGUUUUAAAAAAAGUGUUUUCUUUCUCGGUGCUGCUGGGUUAUCGGUCGCAGUCUUACUAGGUGCUUUCUUUAUUUAUGAUUCUACCACGUAUUGUGAACAUGAUCCUACUAGAAUAUUGACUGUUCCUGAGCUAGCGCUUAACCCUAGACUUGGGGGUGAUGAAAAUUUGCCAAUUUUGGAAGAAAAAUUGGAUGACUAUGACUCUCCUGAAAAGGAAAUGCUUAAAUUUAAACCAAGAUUGGUGAUCCUAGGGUCAGGAUGGGGUGCUGUUUCGUUAUUAAAAAGUUUGAGACCUGGUGACUAUAAUGUUACCUUGAUUUCUCCAACCAAUUAUUUCUUAUUUACUCCGUUAUUGCCAUCUGCUGCUUCUUCUACAUUAACUAUCAAAUCUCUCACCGAAUCUAUCAGAAGAAUUUUAUUGAAGGUUCGCGGUCUGUUCUUAGAAGCCAAUGCUGAAAAAAUUGAAUUUUCUAAUAGAUUAGUCAAAGUAUCCACCAAGGAUUGCGAUGGUCAAACCAAGCAAUUCUAUGUCCCUUAUGAUAAGUUGGUUGUUGCUGUUGGCUCAACCUCUAAUACCCAUGGAGUUAAAGGUUUGAAUUACAGUCAUCAAUUGAAAACCGUUGCCGAUGCCAGAGCCAUUAGAAGAAGAAUUACUGAAGUUUUAGAAAAAGCAUGUUUGCCAACUACGACAGACGAACAACGUAAAAAAUUGUUGUCAUUUGUUAUUUGUGGCGGUGGUCCAACUGGUGUUGAAUUUGCUGCUGAAGUGUAUGAUUUUUUGAAUGAAGAUUUAUUGAAUAACAAUUAUCCAGAGAUUUUAAGACAGGAGAUUUCCGUUCAUAUCAUUCAAUCGAGAUCCAAUAUUUUGAACACCUAUGAUGAAGCGAUUAGUAAUUAUGCUACCAAACGUUUCCAGAAGGAUAGCAUUGAUGUCUUAACUAAUUCUAGAGUUCAAGAGAUUUUGCCGAAUGAAGUGAUCUUCAAGCAGACAGAUCCAAAAACUGGAGAGACGGAAUAUAAACGCUUACCAUUUGGUCUUUGUUUAUGGUCCACAGGUGUGGCUCAAAAUCCAUUAGCUCGCCAAAUUGUUGAAGAUUUGGGUGAACCAUUCCAAGGCAACAAGAGGGCAAUCGAAACUGAUUCUCAUUUGAGGGUCAUUGGGGCUCCUUUGGGUGACGUUUACGCCAUUGGUGAUUGCUCGACAGUUAGAACAGAUUUGACUGAAAAUACUAUUGAUUUGAUUAGACAUUUUGUCACCAAGAAAUACUUGACCACUUACAAUGAAAGUGUUAGUGCUGCUGACCAUCCAGAGGCUAUAAAUCUUAAAAAGAGAUUCCUUACAGAUUCGGAAAUCAAAAAUUUGAAGCUUAGUCAUCGUGAAAUUCAGCAACUAGCGCAAGAUAUCUCAUCAUACCUCCCUCAAACUGCGGAACCGUUCAAAUAUAUUGAUGAAUUGUUACCAAAAUAUGAUUUGGAAGGCAAGGGUGAACUAGAAUAUAGUCAAUUGGCUGAGCUACUUAGAGAAAUCAAUUCUAAAAUUACUUCUUUGCCUGCUACUGCGCAAAGAGCCAACCAACAAGGUAAAUACUUGGGAAAGAAGCUUUCUAAAAUUGCCAAACAAGCUGAUAACCUUAGAUUACAUGAGAUCUUAGAUGGUGAUAUUGAUAGUUCUAUUUAUAAACCAUUCCAGUACAAGCAUUUGGGAUCUUUGGCAUAUAUUGGAAAUUCUGCCGUCUUUGAUUUAGGGCACGGUAAUUCAUUCUUUGGAGGGCUCAUCGCAAUGUACUUAUGGAGAUCUGUUUAUUUCUCGCAGUGCGUUAGUUUCCGUACUCAAGCUUUGUUGUUUAUGGACUGGUUAAAGCGAGGUAUGUUUGGAAGAGAUAGUAUUGGAGCCUAA